AUGAAAAGCAGGUUCCCCUUUGAGAUCAAUUCAGCAGCACUUCUUUCCUUUGGAAAAGAAGCCUCUUCCCAGAAGUGCUUUGUGCAGCUGCCAACUUGCUUCAGAAAAGAGUUGUGUUGAUAUACAUGAGAAAAAUCUUUCAUGACCAAUUCUUUACUGCAGUGAUUCUCUACCAGAGUGUCAUGGCACCCCAGGAUGUGUCCAGUUCCUUUGCAAUUAUGCUGCAAGGUAUGAGGAGAAAAGCAGAUCAGCUUAGGCUUGUCCUCACUGGCUGAUUCCUGAUUCCCAGCUGCCCAGAACCUCUGGAAGAAGUCUCUGGAGUUGGAAAUUCACCAAACGCUGCACAAUUUUGACAAGAAGUUUCAGGUUGGGGCCUCGGGGAUAGACAUUUGAACAAUGAUAUCUUUCCUUGCCAUUUUCCAUACUUUUGUCCUCGUGUCAUCCAUGGUAACCACCCAUCCAAAUCCUGAUCAGGUUGUCCGAAAAUGGGAUUCAAAUGCAUGUACACUGGUUGUAUGUGCACCUGCUCAGAAUGGAUUACCAGGAAAAGAUGGAAAAGAUGGUCUUAAAGGAGAAAAGGGAGAUAGAGGACUAAGGGGUCUUCCAGGAAAGGCUGGGUCCCCUGGACCAAAAGGUGAUCAAGGCCCAAUGGGUGAACGGGGACCAAAAGCAGAAUGUUGCGUCACUGAAGUCAAGCAUCUCCAAAAUCAAAUAAGAAAUCUACAGGGACAGCUGAAAUCAUUGCAAGACAUUAUCAAUAAAAAGCAUAAAGUUGAAGAUUUCAUAAAUGGGAGUCAAACCAAUGAAAAAUUAUUUGCUGCCAAUGGUUCUGCUGGUGACUAUAAGACUUCAAAAGCCACAUGCUCUCAAGCUGGUGGUCAUCUUGCCUCUCCAAGGACUUCAUCUGAGAAUGGUGCCAUACAACGGAUAAUACAGCGUUAUAACAAAGCAGCAUACCUUGAUAUAAAUGAUAUGCAAACAGAAGGCAUAUUUAAGUAUCAAAGUGUGGAAGUAAUAGGAUAUGCAAACUGGGCUCCUGGAGAACCAAAUGAUACUGGAGGAGAAGAAGAUUGUGUAGAAAUGUAUACAGAUGGUAGAUGGAAUGACCGAUCAUGUGGAGAGGAACGGUUAAUAAUUUGUGAAUUCUAGUUUUAAUCUCUCUGCGUGCCUAUACACAUGCUCCGGGGUCAUGAUGGUGGGGGCGGUAUUUUAAUUAGAGUGGCUAUUGGGAGCUGCUGUAAUUGAAUCACCCAUAGCAUCUCAUGUAUUCAGUGUCCUGCAUUUCAAAAUG